UGACUGUUGCUGUGGCGGUCAGAGCUCAGUAAAACCUUAAUCCACUUGACUGUUGAUGGGUGGGGCUGGGUUCCCUCCCUGUUGCUGUGGCGGUCAGAGCUCAGUAAAACCUUAAUCCACUUGACUGUUGAUGGGUGGGGCUGGGUUCCCUCCCUGUUGGCUGUUUUGCCUGAGGCAACCCAACACUGGAGCCUACCCGUGCUCUUUGGUGGAGUUAAUGGCAGACUCUGGGAGGGCUCACGCCAAGGAGAACUUCCCAGAACCUCUGCUGCCAGUGUCCUCAUCCCCACGGUGAACAAGAGCCACCACUCGCCUCUGCAGGAGCCCCCCAACACCAGCAGAGAUUGGGGCCGCGCCGCGGGAAGAUGGCGCAGGAGGCAGGCGACAUGGAAGAUGGGCAGCUUUCUGACUCGGAUUCCGACAUGACGGUGGCACCCAGCGACAGGCCGCUGCAGGUGCCGAAAGCACUAGGUGGGGACUGUGCAGUGAGGCCCUUCCAGAGUACUGCAACAGUGUGUGCUCCAGUAUCACAUUAUCGGACUCUUAAAAGUGUGGAUUCAAGUGAGGAGAGUUUUUCAGAUUCAGAUGAUGAUAGCUCUCUCUGGAAACGCAAACGACAAAAAUGUUUUAACACUCCUCCCAAACCAGAGCCUUUUCAGUUUGGCCAGAGCAGCCAGAAACCGCCUAUUGCUGGAGGGAAGAAGGUUAACAACAUAUGGGGUGCUGUGCUGCAGGAACAGAGUCAAGAUGCAGUGGCCACUGAACUUGGUAUCUUGGGAAUGGAGGGCACUAUUGACAAAAGCAGGCAAUCCGAGACGUACAAUUAUUUGCUUGCUAAGAAACUUAAGAGGGAAUCCCAAGAGCAUACAAAAGAAUUAGACAAAGAGCUAGAUGAAUAUAUGCAUGGUGGCAAAAAAACGGGAUCAAAGGAGGAGGAAAACGGGCAAGGUCAUCUCAAAAGGAAACGACCUGUCAAAGACAGACUAGGAGACAGACUAGAAAUGAACUAUAAAGGCCGAUAUGAGAUCACAGAGGACGAUUCUCAAGAGAAAGUGGCUGAUGAAAUUUCUUUCAGGUUGCAGGAACCAAAGAAAGAUUUGAUAGCCCGAGUAGUGAGGAUAAUUGGGAACAAAAAGGCAAUUGAACUUCUGAUGGAAACUGCUGAAGUUGAACAAAAUGGUGGCCUUUUUAUAAUGAAUGGUAGUCGAAGAAGAACACCAGGUGGAGUUUUCCUGAAUCUCCUGAAGAACACUCCUAGUAUCAGUGAGGAACAAAUUAAGGACAUUUUUUACAUUGAAAAUCAAAAGGAAUAUGAAAAUAAAAAAGCUGCUAGGAAGAGAAGAACACAAGUGCUGGGAAAAAAGAUGAAACAAGCUAUUAAAAGCCUAAAUUUUCAAGAAGAUGAUGAUACAUCACGAGAGACGUUUGCAAGUGACACAAAUGAGGCCCUGGCCUCUCUUGAUGAAUCACAGGAAGGACACGGAGAAUCAAAGUUGGAUGCGGAGGAAGCCAUUGAGGUUGAUCAUUCUCAUGAUUUGGACAUCUUUUAGGACAUUUUGAGAAAUAAGCCUUUCUAAGAUAACAUUGUAAUAAACCAUUUCUACUGAGAUUGCUUUAUUUUACUUUGCACUGAUAAACCCAAAAAUCUGGAGAGAACUGUUGUCUUGUUUUAAAUAAAAUUGAAUAUGUGGGAGAUGAAUGCAAUAAGAACAUUUAAAACUUUCUCAUGUCUGACAAACUACUUAAAAGUAUAUAGCAGAGGAUUUAAUUUCUCAAUCUGUUGCAUGUGCUAAUCAUUACUAGUUGAUAAUCAGUUUUGUCCAGGUCAUAUAACAUGCCAUUCAAAAGUUUGUUUUCUUUUUCUGAUUUAUCUUUGCAGUGAUU